UGACCAUACUGUAAGGAAUUUACAUAGCAACAUAACACAACAACCAGAUCGGUGCGGAAAAGAAAAUGGAUCAAACCAAGAAACCACUAAGAAUUCCACCUCAGUUUGGUACAUACGCUGAGAGACAUGGGAUAUUUGAGAUGUAUAAGCGAUUGAUUGAAGGUCUGAUUAUCAGUAAACCACAGGAUCCAUUGGACUACCUUCUGGAGCAACUCAAAAAAGAAAAUGAUGACACUCCAGCCAUUGUUAUUCAUGGCCCACCGGCAUCAGGCAAAACAACCAUUGCUCGCUUGGUUUCCAACCAGCUGAAGGCAGCCUAUAUCAGUAAGGAGACUCUCUUAGCCGACGAUGUGUCGACCGUCGCAGCCAAAGCAAGGAGCUGUCAGUCAAGUGGAGAGCCAAUCCCAACAGAGCUAUGGGUUGAGUUGAUCAGGAAUCGAGUGAAGCUGUUUGAUUGCAUCAGGAAGGGAUGGGUCUUAGAUGGAUUCCCAGACACCAGAGAACAAGCUCUGGCAUUGCAGGAGAUUGGUAUCAAUCCUAAACAUUUUGUUGUUCUGGAAGCCCCUGACACAGUUCUUAUCGAGAGACAGAUGGGCAAGAGGAUUGAUCCAGAGACGGGCGAUGUAUACCACACCACCUUUGAUUACCCUGGUAACAGCGAUGUUGAGAAGAGAUUGGUAGAACCGCCUGAAGGAUGUGGGGAGGAAGCCAUGGUCGAUAGACUGGUCCUCUAUCACCGUUUCAUCCCGGGCCUCAAGGUUGGUUAUGAGAUGUACACCAAGUCUAUCAAUGCGGAUCAACCAAAGGCUGAUGUUUACUCACAAGUGACAACAUUCCUGAGUUCCAAGACGAGAUCAUUGGCACCUCAUAAUCCUCGUAUUGUCCUUCUUGGACCCACUGGCAGUGGAAAGACGGUCCAGGCUGCUCUUCUAGCCAACAAGUAUGGUAUCAUCAAUGUUUCUUCUGGACAGCUAGUGAAGGAAGCUCUUGCAAGUGAAUCCAAGGUCGGUGAAGCCAUCAAACCAUAUGUUGAGAGGAAAAUGCUGGUCCCGGAUAAUCUCAUCUUGAAACUUCUUGACGAGAGGUUGAGUCAAGUGGACUGUUCCACUCGAGGAUGGGUGUUGAGAGGGUUCCCGAGGACGAGGGAGCAAGCCGAGAAUCUCACUGCGGCAGGUCACGAACCCAACAGGGUGUUCUUUUUGGAUGUGCCCAACGAUUCUGUCUACGAGCGUCUCACCUUGCGAUCUUUGGACGCCGUUAGUGGCAACCGUUACCACGCCCUCUACAAUCCCGCCCCGACCUCCGACAUCAAGGAACGCACUGCCCAGCAUCCUGUGGACUUUGAGGAGAAGAUCCGGGAGCGUCUGGCGGCGUAUUAUGCGUACUCGGAAGAGAUCGGUGACUUCUACGAGGAUGCGCAGCACAUCAUCGCCGACCAGGAUCCACACACGGUGUUUGAGAGUGUGGAGAGUAUGUUGGUCAACCCACUCCCACGGACUCUCCCUACCCAGGACUAGAUGGUCACCACACACGGUGUUUGAGAGUGUGGAGAGUAUGUUGGUCAACCCACUCCCACGGACUCUCCCUACCCAGGACUAGAUGGUCAGUGAGACUGUCAACCCACUCCCACGGACUCUCCCUACCCAGGACUAGAUGGUCAGUGAGACUGCAAAAGGAACUUUUUGCUGGAUCAAACUAAAAAAGGAAUCCAGAAACAAUGUUCGUCAUUGUCCCAUAUGAUUUCAAUGGCAGUCUAGAGGAUUGCUUACGCUCUUAUUUCUGAUAUUUUUCCAAAAUACUGUCAGAAAAUUUUUCUCUUGUCCAUAGAUUAAUGAUUUGGAAAUGUAAUAGUGAGUAUGUAAAGUGUAAAACACAAUGUGAAUUACAUUUUCUCACCGCACACUGUGUGAACACUCACACUGUCCACAGUGUGUAGGUAUCUUUUAAACUGUUAAGUUUGAGCUUUUUAACAGUAUAAUCACAUUUCCCAUAGUCCACAAAGUGAACAUACUGUCACAGUGUGAUUUAUCUUCACACUGUGGGACACUGUAUUCUUCCCACAUCCCACCCCGGGGGGGGGCCAGUAAAAUAUAUUGCUGUACACACGUGUGACCAAGGAAUUUCCAAACACCCCCUAAACGAGUUUUUCUCUGUGUGCAAAAUAACCCCCUAAACAAGUUUUUCGCGGGCUUUAUUUACACAUUUUGGCCCCUAAACAAAAUGUCGCCAAAAUAUGACCUCGGGGGAAAAAGCUUGGGAAAAAAAACAUACCCUAAACACGUUUGGCUAGUCUUAAAAGAAAGCUUGGGGGAAAAAAUACCCUAAAUACGUUUGACCCCGCGAUUGACCAUUGACCAGUCUUUCAAGACCACCCUUUUUAUUGAAAAUCAGUGUUUUUCAUACCCUUAACGAGUCCACGCGCGGACCGCGUCC